CGGUGGCGACGGCGGCCGGAAAUCUCUGCGCAUCUCAGCCCUGUCUCAACGGAGGAUCAUGUCGCCGGCUGGGCUCUAUCAACUACUUCUGCUCGUGUGAGGAUGGCUUCAGCGGACGAAACUGCGAAACAAGCCUGUUCUAUGAAUCUCCGUGCGACAUUUCUGCUUCCUGUGCGAACGGAGGCACAUGUUUGGACAUAGGCACGGGCCGGGAUGCGUUCGUCUGCGUGUGUCGCGGCGGCUUCACGGGGAUGCAGUGCGACCAGUCUCUUGGACUGAGCGCACUGGCAUCAGCAAAUCAGCCGUUCCCGUCGUGCAACGAUAAUGGCGCGUGUCUGAACGGCGGGGUUUGCUUCUUCUAUGCUGGCUUUGUCUUCUGCGACUGCCCGAGCGGAUUCACCGGACGUCACUGUGAAAACAGCUUAGGCGACGACGUGUGUGCAGGUGCGCCUUGUCUUAAUGGUGGCAAAUGUAUCCCCGUCAGAUCAGCAGUUCCGUCAUACAUGUGCAACUGUGCCCCGGGCUUCACGGGCGCGAACUGCCAAACCAUUAGUCGGACCACAUGUACCAAUUCUGCAUGCAAGAAUGGAGCGACGUGUCUGAAUUUCCAGAACAAUAUCCUAUGCGUGUGUCCGCGUGGCUUCUUUGGCAGUGACUGUGGCACAGAUCACUGUAGCAGUAAUCCGUGUCUUAACGGGGGUAGAUGUGUUCUACUCGAGAACACAUUCGCAUGUGAUUGUCCAGCAGGCCAUAUUGGCCGCGUUUGUGAUACCGCGAUGAAUCAUUGUGCACCGGACCCCUGCAUGCACAGAGGCGUCUGCUACAAUGAAGGGUCGUCGUACCGCUGCGCGUGCCAGGCUGGCUUCACAGGACAGAGCUGCGAAAACUUCGCAUCAGUUGCGCAGCAAAGUCGUCAGCAGACGUCUGGCCAGGGCUGCCCGGAGCGGACCACUGUACCCAAUAAUGUUGCCGAAAGAAUCUCAUAUCCAGGGAACAGACCACCGCCUGGCGUAUAUCCCGCCUUUACGCGUAUAUCAUACGGCUGCAAACAAGGUUUCUACGAAUUGCUGGGCCCGUCCGAUGUUAUGUGUAACGCGGAUGGUCGCUGGAGCGCUGGAGAUGUUAAGUGCGUUCCAGAGUGUGGCGUGGUGGCAUCGAAUGUUCGAGAGACCGUCGUGGGAGGAAAUUCGACAAGACGAUGUCAUUUUCCAUGGCAGGUUGUCAUCUACAAGAGAGGCGUGUUCCACUGCGGCGGCACACUGCUUGAUGACAGCUGGGUGCUGACGGCUGCCCACUGUGGCUUCGAAGCCAACGGUGACCGCGUGGUGGCGCUGCGGCCGUCGGACCUGGACAUUGGCAUCGGGAAGCGGUUCAGUAGUCGGCGCCAGACUGAACAGUACGCACAGUUUCGGCAGGUACGACGUAUAAUUGUACAUCCAGCCUACAGCCAGUUCACGCUCGAGAAUGAUAUGGCUCUGCUUAAGCUGCAGACCCCCGUAGAGAUCGGUGUGUGUGUGCGGCCUGUUUGCUUGCCGAAUGGAAACAUUCCGAGACCUGCCACCGGAGAGCAUCUGAUUGUUACCGGCUACGGGUCUACGGGCACGGGCGAGCCUUCUUCGGACGUCCUACUGCAGGCGCAACUACCCAUCGUCUCCUCGAUCGAGUGCGAGCAACUCUUCCACGCAACAGGUCUUCCGGAGUUGCGUAUCAACGACGACUUCCGGUUCUGCGCCGGAUAUUCCGCGAAGGGAGUUGCCGAUUCGUGCAAUGGCGACAGCGGAGGGCCGUUCGUGAAAGCAUACGGAAAUCGAUUCGUCAUCCACGGCGUUGUGAGUGCUGGCGGCUCGCUAGGGUGCGCUGCCGGUCAGUACACGACCUACACGCGCGUGUCGGGCUUCUUGGAUUUCAUCAUCAAUACAAUGUCGAGAUCGGGGUAAUAACCGCUGCUUUGACGAGUAACAGGUUGUCAUGCAAGUGCUUAUCUCUACGUCUCUCAGCUAGAGGAUCAUAUAACGAAUGAUACGUGAAUUUAACAAAGCGUAGAAAUAGUUUGCCAACGAGUGAGAACGUGCGUUGUUACAGUUAUACUGCAUGAUAAGGAUGACUAGACUGUAUAACAAGCACUAUGCUGUUACGAUAAUAAUUAUACCUAAUCAAUAAACACUUGCUACCGUACUAGCUCUGGA